GUUUAGGGGUAGUAGCUAGGCAUCAGUAAUCAGUGUUGUUAGAUCAAGCCCUGCAAAGGAUAUUAGGAACACCUCGUUACGAUUGAUUAACAAACUCCAAAUACGUCAUACAUUUACCCAAAAGGAUUUUAAAAUCUGCCAUAAGUAAUGGUUUGCUAGCUACGUUUUUUAGCCAUCCGGUUGCUAGCCAGCUAAAAUAUAUUGUAUGUCAAACAGCUGUUAGUUAGCACUAAUAGCUAACGUCGGUUGCUACUUUUUAAGCGUCUUCUCCCCCCAUCGGCUAUUUUCUCGAGUAAGGUUUACUUAUGUUGCUAGAAGAUAUUUGUUUUAUGGGUUUUGUGCUCGAGAACGUUAGUUAGGCAAGCCUGCACUAGAAGAAGAAUCCUGAAAGUUCAUGUUUAACGUAAUCCACGUAGCGAAAUUAGCUAGCUAGCAGUCGUAGCUAGUACUGUGUACCUGUCAUCUAAAUGGAUUUUGAAGGAUCAUUUAAGACUACGAAGAGGAUUCGGACUGUGGUGAUUCUCCUUCUAGUUUUCUCAUACGGAAUAGCAGUUGAGGAAGAACCGGAGGGUAAUCAUGAUAACACACCAGAGUUAAAGUCUUACCAUGACCCCAACUCGGAGGAAGAUGAGGUCCCAGUAGGUGCCAAAAUCGUUGCAGGCAUGGUGACUUCCCCCAGGGUGGCUUCACAAACUGAGGCAGAGAGAAGACCUGAUGAUUGGGUGCAGGAGGGUGGGCUGGAGGGGGAAGAAAAGGAGGACUUGCCCACCCAACCUCCUCCUGUUCAGGAAAAGCCUAAAGAAGUUCCUGUGGUGAAUGGAGGCACUGCCAAUGGGAAGCCAUGUCUCUUUCCAUUUCUUUUCCUGGGGAAGGAGUACUUGGACUGUACCACUGAUGGACGGGGGGACGAUCGACUGUGGUGUGCCACCACCUACGAUUACGACAGGGACAAGAGAUGGGGCUUCUGUGAGACGGAGGAGCAGGCGGAGCAGAGGCGUCUAGCGGACGAGGCCGAGAAGGACUACCAAACCGCUCUCCGAAUGAUCAACGGAACCAACCGGAAGAGCCAGAAGAAAGAGUUGUAUGAGAAACUAUUGAAGGUUGCUGAGAAGGGCCACCAAAAAGCCAUGGAGAAGGUGGCAUAUGCCAUGCUUUUCGGGGACUACUUGACCCAGAACAUUCCCAAGGCUAAAGAGCUGUUUGAGAAGCUGGCCCUGGAGGGCUCCCCCAAAGCUCAGACGGCCCUUGGUUUCUUGUACGCUGCCGGAUUAGGAGUGAACUCCAGCCAAGCAAAGGCCUUGGUUUACUAUACCUUUGGGGCCUUGGGUGGAAACCUGGUGUCUCAUAUGAUUCUGGGCUAUCGAUACUGGGGUGGUGUGGGUGUACCCCAGAGCUGCGAGUCAGCCCUUACGCACUACAGACUGGUAGCCAAUCAUGUGGCCAGUGAUGUGUCCCUGACAGGGGGCAGUGCCGUGCAGAGGGUCCGUCUGCUGGAUGAGGUGGAGAACCCAGGUUCCACCAGCGGCAUGCUGGAGGAAGACCUGAUCCAGUACUAUCAGUUCCUGGCUGAGAAGGGAGAUGUCCAGGCUCAGGUGGGACUGGGUCAGCUACAUCUUCACGGCGGCCGGGGGGUGGAGCAGAACCACCAGCGGGCCUAUGAUUACUUCAACCAGGCAGCGAAUGCAGGGAACACGCAUGCCAUGGCCUUCCUGGGGAAGAUGUACUCAGAGGGUAGUGAUUACUUGUCUCAGAACAAUGAGACUGCCCUGCAAUACUUCAAGAAGGCCUCUGAAAUGGGUAACCCUGUGGGGCAGAGUGGCCUGGGCAUGGCGUACCUGUAUGGAAGGGGCGUGCCAGUUAAUUACGAGUUGGCACUGAAAUACUUCCAGAAGGCAGCUGAGCAAGGCUGGGUGGAUGGACAGCUUCAGCUGGGCACCAUGUACUAUAAUGGCAUUGGCGUGAAGCGUGACUACAAGCAGGCCCUCAAGUUCUUCAACCUGGCCUCUCAGGCGGGCCACAUUUUGGCCUUUUACAACCUGGCCCAGAUGCACGCAACGGGCACCGGGGUCAUGAGGUCCUGCCACACCUCAGUGGAGCUCUUCAAGAAUGUGUGUGAGCGCGGGCGCUGGUCGGAGAGGCUGAUGACCGCCUACGGCAGCUUUAAGGACGGUAACAUGGACGCGGCGCUGGUGCAGUAUCUUUUGCUGGCGGAGCAGGGCUAUGAGGUGGCCCAGAGCAACGUUGCCUUCAUACUGGACCAGACAGAGGAGGCCCAGAUCUUCAGCGAGAAUGAGACAUACCCUCGAGCCCUUCUCCACUGGACCAGAGCGGCAGCACAGGGUUAUACCGUGGCUAGGAUAAAGCUGGGAGACUACCACUUCUAUGGUUAUGGUACCGACGUGGACUACGAGACUGCUGUCAUUCACUACAGACUGGCUUCCGAGCAGCAGCACAGUGCUCAGGCCAUGUUCAACCUAGGCUACAUGCACGAGAAAGGCCUGGGCAUCAAACAGGACAUCCACCUGGCCAAGCGUUUCUACGACAUGGCAGCUGAGGCCAGUCCUGACGCUCAGGUACCGGUCUUCCUGGCUCUGUGUAAACUGGGCCUGGUCUACACCCUGCAGUACCUGCACGAUUUGAACAUGAGUGAACUAGUGAGUCAGGUGGACCUGGACCAGUUGCUUGGCCCUGAAUGGGACCUCUACCUCAUGACUGUCAUCGCCCUGCUGCUGGGUACAGUCAUCGCCUACCGCCAGAGACAGCACCAGGCUGUGCCCCCGCGCCCCCCGGCCCCAGCUAGGCCCCCCCAGGAGCAGCCACAACCUGAGGCCCAGACUCCGCCCCAGGCACAGGCGCAGGCUGAAGAGGAGCAGCAGUGAGAGAUGGAGGGGGAAGAGGCCAAGAGAGUGAGGUCCUGACCCCCACCCUCUUCUACCUCCUCUCUAGGGGUUGCUGGGGUGGGCUAAUGCGGACUAACCAGCUCCCAUCCCGGAAAACCACCUUCCUUCCCCUGACUCCUGCAUGCUGACCACUGAUUUAUGUAGGCUACUGAGCUGGCCAGUGUUGCGCUGCUUAACUCUCAAUUUCUGUCAAUGUUCUGAGAUCUCCCAAGCUGAAGGAUGAAGAAAGGAAGGCAAUUGAAAUGGACACUGUAGAAAAGACAAUACAAACUCAAGACCUCUUAGUAUGUGACUCAGGGUAUCAGCAGCUGAAUCGCUUCACUGAACUAGCCAUGUGGGUUGCCAGAUUGGUGCAAUUGAGGCGUCUUCUUAAAUAUCACCCGAUCUGUGAAUGAAACAAAGUCUCUAUAGGUUGGAGGAUUUUUUUUCUUCAGAUAUUCAUGUUCUGAUUUUACAUUAAAAGUUACAUUUCUCUUUAUCAGCAAAUACAGUUUCACAAAGAAUAUGGAAACCUUGCAAUAUCAACAGAUUUGUCAGGUGGCACCACUUGGGAUAUCUUUACCUCCUAGCAAAUAAUUUGUUAAUGAAUAUGUUUUGUUAGAAGCACGUUUUGUAAGCGAACAUAUUCUGUUCAUAAACAAUUAUCCUUUAUCAAGCAAGUAAUUUUUUCUAGAAUGCUUUUGUCAUCAAUAGUUGCUUGAAUUGCAAGGGUUAAAGCUUCUGUGCAAUUAUUUCUUCAGCCGACAUGCACAGUUUCUUUUCAAUGCAAAUGUUUUCUUAAGAACUUCGCAAAUGUGCUUUCUUAGCGCUGAACUAAAGAAGUAAACAGCUGAAUAAUUUAUUUAAAUUUUAGUUAAACCUCUUACUACAUGGCUGAGCUGUUGACAAUGUCUUUGUUCAAGUGAAUCAUAUAAUGAAAGCUAUUGUGGUCACUUGUUAGUCAUUUGGGCUCUACUAUGAUCAAGCAUCAGAAUGGAAACAGAAUUGUUGCUACUUCUCUAGCUACCCCAUUUCCUCCCUCUGUGUGGCUUUGAAGCAGUUAAAUAUAACGUAAAUGAAUAUAUAUUCUUAAUACCGUGGUAAUAAUAAUAUUCGACAGAUAAUAUAGGUUGGGCUGUUGCAGAAUGCCAGUCCAUCACACUGAAGGACUUAGAGUGCAGGGUAGAACAGUGUUCUUUUUCUACAUUGUUUGUUCCUGAUGGUGGUCUGCACUUCUGAGCUCAUGACUGUAUACUUAGACAGAUGAACAACAAUAAUAGCAAUGGCCACAACAUUAUAUAGGCUACUUUUGCUAAUAAUAUAAUUAUUAAACAAAUAUUACAAUUGUGGCAUGCCCAUAUUGGGAAUGAUAUGUCAGACAACCCCUGUAGACUCUUUUGUCUUACAAAGCCUUUUGGGGAAGACAACUGAAGCAGUCACUUCAGCAUACAUACAUACAGUUUCACGCUAGAUCGUAAUUGUGGUGUAACUCUAGUCUAAAACCCUUUACAAAUAGUGCAAGUUGUCUUUUAUUUAUGUAUCAAGCAUUUCAAAUUGGACUGUUUAUCUAGGAUCAGGUUUGCCUUUUAGAUCCGAACGAUUAAGAUUAAAUGAACAAGAUAGACCUGAUAUUAUCCUACAACAAGAUAUUUAACAGAUAAGAUCAUACUUGUGUGUAAUGAGGCACUGGGAAACACUGUGCAAAGGUAAUCUUAUAGUACAUUCAGCAAUAUUGCUUUUCUUGGGCUGUUUCAUUAUUGCACUAAAAACAGCUAUUCUACUGUGCACAAGUCUAAGGCCACAGGAGAAAAUUGCUAUUUAUCUGACCAGUAUGUUUUUAUUUGAACACUACUUUAUAACAUUUAAAUACACACAAGAAAUUAUGAAACGUAACGUAAACCUAUCGGCUUUUUGAACCAAUUCAAUAUUUUCUAUGGCCUUCCUUAGAAUGCCAAACUGAGGCAAAUCACUGUGGUGGACAUUCAUGUAAAUGUUUUUAAUGUGUCCUGUGGUAAAUUCUUCCAAGCUUUUUGUAUGGUUUGCCAUACCGCUUUGGUCUGUUCCUUGUCCAAGUGAUCCCAUGUAGCUUCAGUUAUGUUUAGGUCGAGUCUCCAUGGAAGCCAAUCUAAAACUGUUUUCCGUCUGGAAUUCAACUCCCAAGAAUGUCUUAAUGAUGCAUUCUGGGACUUUUAUGAAAAACAAACCAUUUUUCAAAACCUCCCAUUUUGGGUGGAUGUGUUAUUGUUUAUGUGUGCAGAAUAUCUUUUACCUCAGCCAUGAAAUUCCAAGUUUGAAAAAAGUGGUUUUGAGGACAGGCCACAUAUUGGCAUAUACAUGACACAAUUUCCUUGGACAGCACCACCAAUAACCUGAGCAGAAUGUAUCACAGAAUGUGUCUUUAAUCAUCUUUGCAGUGUUUUGGACCAUUAUUGUGUGACAAUAUUAUGUUUUUGCCAAUCAGUCUAAGAUGGACAUUUCUUGUAAAACCUUUUAUCACUGUUGACGCUUGCGCUUGGUGAUAGAUUUCACUGAGCAAGCAUUUCACUGGAUUUUCUUAUGUCCUUCAAGGGACUGAUCUUUAAGUACUGUUGAUCACAUGCAGACAGAUGUUUGGGUCUUCAACCUUCCCGGUUCUUUGACAUUUCUAAUUAUUUUACCAGAUACUGUAUCGUUACCUUGAGGGCAAUGCAAAAUUGUUACUUUUUUUGUUUAUAUUUAUAGUGAUUUUGAGCAAAUAAACAAUUACUGCCAAGAUAAA